AUGUGUGCCUCAGUGAUGAACACCUCUGCUGCUGUCCUCUCUCUCUGGCUGUGGAUCCUCUCUGGUGUCCCUGCUGCUCAAACAGGUUCAAAGUGUGGGACUCCCCAGCUGUGGAGUCCGAUGGAUCAGUUUUUGAGGGUAGUUGGAGGGACAGAGGCCACAUACGGCUCACAUCCAUGGCUGGUUUCCCUCAAAUACAGAGGCUCUCAUUUCUGUGGAGGGGCCGUCCUGACUGAGAGCUGGAUACUGACGGCUGCACACUGCUUUGCAUCGCUCUCUAAAGAGUACCUGAGCGGUGUGCGAGUGGUGGUGGGGGAGUUCGACCAGAGGGUACAGGAUGAAGAGGAGCAAAUCUUUCUCAUCAAGUCCGUCUCAGUCCAUGAGAAGUACCAUCAUGCUUUGCCCAUGAGCUAUGACAUCGCUCUGAUCAAGCUGGACCAACACAUCCGCCUGGGCAGGUUUCAUAUUGAUGAUCAGAGAGCUAUAGUUUCUGUAUCACUGAGGGAGGUAUUUAGUUAGUCACUGAUGAGUGAUGUCUUCAACAGGAGCUCGUGUAAAGCCGAUAUGUCUGCCUCUGCCUGACGACAGCAUCACGCCCACCUCUUGCAUCGUGGGUGGAUGGGGCAGGAUAAGGGAGAAGGGUCGUCUUCCUGCCGUGCUGAGAGAGGUCCAGUUGGACCUGUUGGGCCCGGCUAAAUGUAAACACGUCCUCCAGACUGUCAAAAGUUCAGGUCUCAUCCAAAGAGCAGCACGGCCUCUCACGGCCAUGACAGUCCUGUGUGCCGGGCCAGAGAGAGGAGGGAGAGAUGCCUGCCAGGGGGACUCAGGAGGUCCUCUGGUAUGUCUGACAAGUUCGGGCAGCGGUCACUGGGUGGUGCUGGGUGUAACUUCCUGGGGGAAGGGGUGCGGUCGGAGCUGGGAGAACAACAGAAGCCGCUCCCCCUCCAGGAGAGGAUCUCCAGGGCUGUUCACUGAUGUCAGGCUGCUGCUGCCCUGGGUGAAGCACAAACUGAGACUCGAGGCUGAUGAGCAGCAGCAGGGAACAUCCAAUCUCUGCAGCGUGAGAGAUGGGCCAGUAACAGACAGAGAGGGGGUCAUCAGAAACCCCGCCCUUCAUGGUAACCACUAUGACAACAACCAGCUGUGUGUUUGGAGUAUCAGUGUCGCCCCAGGUUACAGCGUUCUCCUGGAGUUUGUUCAGUUUGAUCUGGAGAUGGACUCUCACUGUCGCUACGAUCGGCUCUCUAUUUCAGUCGGGACUCAUCGGCCUGUUGGAGUUUUCUGUGGAAGUGUUCUACCCGGCCAAGUGCUCCUGAAUAACUCCCACAAUGCAACACUUCUCUUUUCCUCUGACAUUAGCCAAGCAGGCAGCGGCUUUGUCAUCAGGCAUCGUGCUGUCCAGGGACACUCUGACACAGGGUGUGGGAUGGUUGUUUUAGUCCAGGAUCAGAUUGCUCUCCACAGCACAAAUUACCCACAGUUCUACAGUAAUGACUGUGCACAGCGUUGGGUCGUCCAUGCACCGCAGGGUCACAUAGUGAAGCUUGACUUUGAUGACUUUCACCUGGAGGAGUCCGACAGGUGCUUGUAUGACUCCCUCACUGUGCUGGGAGACGUGGAGGGAUCAGAGGAGAUAGUGGUGCUAUGUGGUGGGAGCAUUCCUCCUCCUGUCCUGUCCUACAGCAGCGUCAUGGUGCUGCAGUUUGAGUCAGACAGCAGCGUCACACAUCGUGGCUUCAGAGCUACACUGACAUUCAUCAGCCACACAGACCUUCAUCACCCAGAGGUCACAGCAGCAGAGAGGGACAGAGACUGCCUCAGAGCUCACAAACAUGACGUGGUAGCUAACCAGCGACCUCCUUCAUCUCCUGUCGUGCAGCAGUCCAGCAGCAGAGCCCUUUCCCCCCAGGAGACGUCAGAUGAUCCCAGAUCUCACACAGACAUGGGACUGGAUGAUGAAGACUACAUCGGGGAGUCCUCAGGAAGUGGACUGUAACCCACUGAAGAAGGCCUCUUACUGAUGUCUGUGGGAUGAAUUAUAAAUAGAAGUUAUGAGUACAGAUUUAUUUAUUUAUUGUCUUGAUUAUCUGAAAGGAAAAAUGCAUCAAACAUUGCUUCAUAAAGUACACAAAGUGGAUGCAUUCAGGUUUCCAGACAUGCUUAAUUUGUAAACCCUGAAGUGCUGAAGGCAGAUCAAGGUUAAAAUACUUUGGUUUGUUCAUAUCCAUAAUGAAUAUUUAUUCAUGAUGGUCAUG